GGUUUUUGGUCUGAAAUAAGCAAAUAUAAGCAGCUGAGUACGACAAUCUGGUACCGUUGGCUGCCACUCACUCACCAAGCAGCAGAAGACAUCAUGGCGGGUCUGUGUCGGUCAGCGCUGAGCAUCUUGCGGUCAGCAGGAGCUCGCCAACUCAACACGGAUGUCAAGACUGUCACCCUCAUCCCUGGCGAUGGCAUUGGCCCCGAGAUUUCCGCAGCAGUGCAGAAGAUCUUUGCCACAGCUGAGGUCCCCAUUGCCUGGGAAGCGGUGGAUGUCACACCUGUGAAGGGACCCGACGGCAAGUUUGGCAUUCCUCCGGCAGCCAUCGAGUCUGUCAACCGUAACGGGAUUGGGUUAAAGGGACCUCUCAUGACACCUGUGGGGAAGGGCCACCGCUCUCUUAACCUGGCCAUUCGCAAGGAGUUCAACCUGUAUGCCAACGUGAGGCCUUGCCGCAGCGUGGAGGGCUACGAGACCCUCUAUCGGGACGUGGACGUGGUAACCAUCCGAGAGAACACAGAGGGAGAGUACUCUGGGAUAGAGCAUGAAAUUGUCGACGGCGUGGUGCAGAGUAUCAAGCUGAUCACCGAGCCGGCCUCACGCAGGGUGGCUGAGUAUGCCUUCAAAUAUGCUCGCAACAAUGGCAGGUCCAAAGUGACGGCUGUACACAAAGCUAACAUCAUGCGGAUGUCUGAUGGGCUGUUCCUCCGCUGCUGUCGGGAGGCAGCAGAAAGGAACCCAGACAUCAAGUUUGAGGAGCGUUACCUGGACACAGUGUGCCUUAACAUGGUGCAGGACCCCUCCCAGUAUGAUGUGUUGGUGAUGCCAAAUCUCUACGGUGACAUCCUCUCUGACCUUUGCGCUGGCCUGGUAGGCGGCCUUGGGCUCACCCCCUCAGGAAACAUUGGAGAGGGUGGCGCUGUGUUCGAGUCUGUCCACGGUACUGCCCCAGACAUUGCAGGUCAGGACAAGGCAAAUCCCACGGCCCUUCUACUGUCUGCAGUAAUGAUGCUGCGCUUCAUGGAUCUGUACAACCAUGCCGCCAUCAUCGAGCAGGCCUGCUUUGAGACCAUCAAAGAGGGUAAAUAUAGAACAGGGGAUCUUGGUGGCACAGCAAAGUGCUCAGAAUUCACUGAUGAGAUUUGUCAUAAGAUUGCAAACUCGUAACUUAAGUCUUCCUGUUUUAACACCAUAAUACGUUUGGAGCCGAAAUGUGUGUAUCAGAUCUGUAGUACUUAAAAUGCGUAGAUAAAAGGAUGCAGAAAGAGCACAAGUUUAACAUUCAGAUAGAUAGACAGUUGCAUUUAGUUUUGAUUAUAGCUUUUGUUGCUAUUUGUUAAUCUAAAAUUGUGGUGCUCAUUGGGCAGCCAUGACGAUCUCAUGAAACAAGUGAAAAUGUCUUUGCUAUAUUUUUAAGAGAGGUUUGAAAUAUGUAGAGGCAACUUUUAGUCAGCUUAUAAAAUUGGAUAUUAGUGAAGGUAAUAUGAAGUUGUUUGUUUGAAAUUUUUUAUACUGAAAAGCCUGUCUGUUUGUCUGUUAAUAGAAGGAAAGGUGACAACUGAAAAAUGGUGUCAAGAUGAUUGUAAAUUGUCUACCUAAUUUACUGUUUUGUAUAUAGUGAAAUUCUCUGUUUAUACAAUGUACAGAAAUAAAUGUGUUAUAUCAU